AUGGAAUUCUUGAAAGAAGCUGAGAUCAUGAAGCAAUUAUGCCAUGAAAGGUUGAUCAAACUUUUAGCUGUCUGCACAGAAAGGGAACCAUUUUGCAUAGUGACAGAGUUAAUGAAGAAAGGAAAUCUCCAAAAAUACCUCAAGUCUCAUUCAGAAGCAAGGAACCUGGAAUUUUCUUUGCUCAAUGGCUUUGCCAUACAGAUUGCAGAAGGAAUGGUCUACCUUGAAGAGAAGUGUUGCAUUCACAGGGACCUGCGAACUGAAAAUGUCCUCCUUACAGAAAUGCUCUGUUGCAAGAUCUCUGACUUUGGCCUUGCACAGCUGCUUCAGAAUGAUCAGGGCUGGAUGUCACAUGAUGCUAAAGUUCCAAUAAAAUGGAUGGCACCAGAAAUUUUCCGUGAAUAUAGUUAUACUGUCAAGUCAGAUGUAUGGUCUUUUGGAGUCCUGCUAACAGAAAUAGUGUCGUAUGGUGAGGUUCCAUUCCCAGGUAAAAAUAACAAUGAAUUUGUGAAGGAUUUAUUGGAUGGAGCUAACAUCUCUCCUCCUGCCAGCUGCCCAGACAACCUUCACGAUAUUGUGCUUCAGUGCUGGAAUCAGAAUUCAGAAAGAAGACCAACAUUUAAACAACUUCAAGCCAUGCUAAUGAAAUGUAACCCAAUGCUAAAAACAGAAGAAGAAUUACUUUUAUCAACAUAG